GCUUCCGCUCCAAGCCGGAGUCCAAGUUGCCCAUUCCCGCACCCAUUGGAACUUGACCAGGGCUUCUUUCUACUUUCAGCUGGUUCUUUCGUCAAUUUCUCCAUGGAAAUUAGGGUUAUCUCUUUCGUGGUUGCCUUCCUCCUCCUCGCAUCUCCGAUCCUCCAAGUUGUAAGAAGUCAGGUUGACAAUGCAGAGGAGGUAGCUGAAGUUGAAGGAGGUGAACUUGGAAUAGUUGGUGAUGAAGCACAAGACUUUAGUGAUGGUUCUUUAGUUCCAGCUCCUGGGGUGGACACAAUAUGCGUGUUCCCAAAGAAUGCUGCAAGAUUGGUUCCAGCCGGGGAAGAGACAGAAUUACUAGUUGGAAUGCAUAAUGAGGGAGAAUCCUCUUUGAAUGUCAUCGCUACGAGAGCUAGCCUUCAUCUUUCUUAUGAUCACCGCAUGCUUGUCCAAAAUCUUACCAUACAGGAGUUUUACAAUAUCACGGUGCCCUUAUCUGCUCAGGCAACAUUCCCUUAUGUUUUUGCUGUAAGCAAAUACUUGCAGCCUGGCACAUUUGAUUUAGUAGGGACUAUUGUGUAUGAGAUUGAUCAACAUCUUUACCAGAAUGUCUUCUAUAAUGGUACUAUUGAAGUUGUGGAGGCUAGUGGUUUUAUCACGAUUGAAUCUGUCUUUCUUGUAACACUUGGGGUUGCCUUGAUUGGACUUUUGGGCUUAUGGGCAUAUGGUCGGAUACAGAACUUGUCAAAGAAAACAAAAAGGGCACCAAAGGUGGAAGUUGGCACCACUACAACCAAGGAUGACAUGAAUGAAUGGUUACAGGGAACUGCAUAUGCUCAUUCACUGUCCAGUAAUAAGUCAAAGAAGAAGAAAUAGGCGUUUAUUGGUGUUUCUGAUGGGGAAUACGAGUUUGGCGUUCAGCAGCAGGUAGCUGACUUCACAUGUAAGAUUAGUGUUCCGAAAGUAGAUUUAUUCACUGAAAAACUACGAAAGAAAGAGUUUUUUGUUUGGAACAAUAGCUUUUUUAGUACAUGCAGCUGCUUCUAUCGACGCAUAAAUCAUUUAUCUUUCAGAAUUUUUGUGACAUUUUUGAUAUCUUCGAGUUAAGCUAUUUGCUUUAUUGUGGAGUUUUGAUAGGAAA